AGAGAGAGAUGAGACGAAUUGAGUUAAGCCGCUAAAACCCUAGCGUUCCACCACGGGUGGUCGCCUCCCUCCGCCUCCGCGCCACCAUGCUGCUCCGCCGCCUCCUCCACUCCUCCCGCCACCUCCGCCACCGCCUCCAAACCCUAACGCCGGCGAGCACAGCCGCCUCGUCCUCUGCCGUCCCGGCUCGUCUUCCAUUUUUCCCGCUCCCAUCCUCUCGCCUCCUCUGGCCUCGGCUCCUCUCCACCUCCGGCCGCGACGACGACCCCAGCAAGCCAUGGGCGUUCACGCUGGACUCCGGCGAUCCGGAUCCCUUCGCCGGUGAAGACGUCGAGGUUCCCGCUGGCGAGGAUCCGCUAGGAGCGAGCACCGCCGGGGAGGACCCUUGGGCGAAGGAUUUCCGCGCGGAGGACAGCGAGAAGGGGGACGUGUUCGAGGAGAUCUUCAAGGAAGAGGCUGCCACUGCCACCGCCACCGCCGCCGCCCCCGCUUCCGGAGAGAAGGCUCCGGCAAGCACCGACGAGCUGUGGACGCUGAGCGGGGACGAUGAGAAGGAUCCUUUCGCGGAGGCCGUGCUGGGGGAGGGGCUUGAGGGGAUCGGAGGUGAGGGCGCUGCGAUUGGUGACGUCGAUGCGGAGGAAGACGAGGAGGAGGCAGAGCGUAAACGGCAGGCGAACAGGGCGAGGGAGCAGGAGCUAAUGGAGACACUCAAAGGUCCAAACCGUGCAUUUGGUGAUCUCAUUGAGGCCUCUGGGAUUACAGAGGAUAUGAUUGCUAGUUUGAUCCUUUUAAAGGAUGUUAGGGGUGUUCCUGGAUUACCUCCCUUACAGGAAAUUGAAGAUAGAGCUAUUGAAAAAAUGAACGCGACAUCAAGCAGAGCUGAAGUAGAACGCCAAAAGCAAGAGGAAAUUGCUAAAGCACGUGUAAGACAAGUUGAUGAGAAAGGAAGGGCUUAUGGAACAGGGAAAAGGAAAUGCAGCAUUGCCCGUGUCUGGAUUAAGCCUGGUGAUGGGAAGUUCAUUGUCAAUGACAAACAAUUUGAUGCUUACUUCCCAAUUCUGGAUCAUCGAGCUGAUCUUCUUCGCCCAUUUACCGUGACCAAGACUCUGGGGCAUUGGGAUGUUACCUGUACUGUGAAAGGUGGUGGUGUCUCAGGGCAAGUCGGAGCUAUCCGGCUCGGUAUCAGCAGGGCCUUGCAGAAUUGGGAACCAGGACUACGACCAUACCUCAAAGCAGCUGGAUAUUUGACAAGGGACUCACGAGUUGUUGAAAGGAAAAAGCCUGGAAAGGCAAAAGCAAGAAAGAGCUUCCAAUGGGUCAAACGUUAACAGGUACCUGUUAUUUGUUGUUAUUUUUUUCUGGUCAGGCACUCUGUAUUUGCAGUUGGACUGUUAUACCGGUUGGUCCUUUUGAGAUUAAUACUCAAAUAUUCCAACAUUUACCGAUAAUGGGCAUCAUGAGACAAGCAUUCUGGUUUCUUUAAUGUUGAUACGGCAAACUGAUCCAGAAAAAUCAUCAUUUGACCUAAUUAAGAGUACAAUGCUAUGAGCAGUGAGCUGCCACUAGAAUAGACUGUCCGAUGGAAAUACUACUGAAAUAGUUGUUUAGAAGUCAGGAGUAUUUCACAUUACUUCUCCAUGUUUGCAUGUCCAUGCACUGACUAUGGUAAAUGAAAGUUACGCGUCCGACUCUGUAAGCAGUAAUAAGCCCAAAAGGAUUUUUUUUUCCCCAAACGUGAUACGCAUUGUGUUUCUCUGAGCAGAUUGACAAUUAUUUGAAUCCACCAUGAAUGAGAUUGCUUAUGCGCUA